AAGAUGACUCUGCCCCGUGCCAUCUACUGCUCCUCUGUCCUCAUUGCCGCACUGCUGCUUCUUGUUCCUUCAUCUGCAGUAGUGCCUCAUGCUCUCUUCAUCUUUGGAGACUCCCUUGUCGAUGCAGGCAACAAUGACUAUCUUGUGACCCUUUCCAAGGCCAAUGCGCCACCGUACGGAGUCGAUUUCGCAUUCUCUGGUGGUGAGCCAACCGGAAGGUUCACAAAUGGGAUGACCAUUGCAGAUAUCAUGGGUAAUGUCAAGUGUGAGUUCAUGUCUAACUGUGAUUGCAAGUUGGAUCUAAUGUCGUCAGGUACUACGCUAUCAGGUGAAGCCUUGGGGCAGAAAUCUCUAGCCCCACCCUACUUGGCCCCAAAUUCAAGUGCUGCAAUGGCGAGCAGUGGGAUCAACUAUGGCUCUGGGUCUUCUGGCAUAUUUGACGAUACUGGUUCUUUUUAUAUUGGAAGGAUUCCGCUACGACAGCAAAUCGACUACUUUGAAAAGACCAAAGCGCAGAUACUGAAGACCAUGGGCGAGGAAGCUGCAACCGAUUUCUUCAAGAAGGCGCUCUUCGUUAUAGCAGCAGGAUCCAAUGAUAUUCUGGAGUACGUUUCACCUUCGGUACCGUUCUUUGGACGAGAGAAGCCUGAUCCUUCAUCCUUUCAGGAUGCGUUGGUUUCCAACCUGACAUUUUAUCUGAAGAGACUGAAUGAACUGGGUGCUAGGAAGUUUGUCGUUUCCGAUGUCGGGCCGCUCGGCUGUAUACCGUACGUUCGUGCUCUGGAGUUCAUGCCUGCAGGCGAGUGUUCAGCAUCUGCGAAUCGAGUCACUGAAGGUUACAACAAGAAACUGAAGAGGAUGGUCGAAAGGAUGAACCAGGAAACGGGUCCGGAGAGUAAAUUCGUCUACACGAACACGUACGACAUCGUGAUGGAGAUCAUUCAGAACUACCGGCAGUACGGUUUCGACAACGCGCUGGACCCGUGCUGCGGCGGCAGCUUCCCUCCGUUCCUCUGCAUCGGCAUCGUCAACUCCAGCUCGUCGCUGUGCAGUGACCGCUCCAAGUACGUGUUCUGGGACGCGUUCCACCCGACGGAGGCUGCCAACCUCAUCGUCGCCGGCAAGCUCCUCGACGGGGACGCCGACGCGGCGUUCCCCAUCAACGUCCGCCAGCUGUUCCAGUACGACCACAAGUGA